AUGUCUGCUCUCGUUGACGAGGCCUUAUUUAUAAAAAGGCCUGAUAGUACUCCAAAUGCUGAAACCCCUAGUCUAGAUUCGGAAUCACUUAAAGAUUUGACAAAUGGAAAGCUUCUCGAUUUGACAUACCACCUCCUAAGGUCCACCAACCCAAGCAGGGACGAGGCAUUGACCCUUUGGGAGCUUCGUCUAGUUCUCCUUAUGUUUGAAAACCAGUUGGGUGUUGCAAAGAAAGAAGCGCUUAAUUUGAAUAAUGCAUUGUACUUGCUAGAAAAUCCAAACGCUCCUCCUCCACAGACCCCACCUAAACCACCUUUAGGACGUGCUGAUUCUACGGCAAGCCGGCGGUCUGGAUCUCCUGCAGUGCAGGCAGCUCCAGGUAUAAUAUACCCGCUUCCGAAGAAUAACGAUGGAGCCAUUGGCUUUCCGCUACUUCUGCUUAUUCUCAGACUAAAGCUGGCUCCCAAUUUAUCAUUGGUAAAUGAGUUGUACAAGUUGUGUUACCAGCUUCGGCUCAAGGGGAACCCUGGCGAAGAGGCCGAGAUUCAACGUAAUUUGGUGAGUCUCAGUUACGAGAUAAUCAUGGUGCUGACCAUCACAAGAAACUUCUACACGCUACUUUCGUUUCUCAAGUCUUUAGAAACAGAUCUUGCAGCUAGACAGGACAAGAUCUCAAAGGAAUAUAGACACUAUGCUUCCAACGUCUCGUUGAUGAUAGUGUUGGCGCAUAUGUUAGUUCUCCAAUCAGAAGAUGCAUCCUGGCUUGAUCGAGACGAUUUGCGCCAGAGGUACACCAAUCUUGAUGAGUUCACUGUCGAAUGCUUUGUUAAUGUUCUCAAGACGUAUUCACCUAUGGUGAGCGAUGGUUUGGCUCCCUCAAUUGGUCCUGACGAGGAAGUCACGUUUGAAAGAAUUAUAGAGCUUGUGAAGGAUGGCAAGCUCACAGGAAGAAUUACUUGCUGUACAUUAGCGUCGUUUCAACUCGGAAAUCUGCUUGAAGCUGAAUUCGAGGCUGUCGAUGGGUCCAAAAGAUUGGUUGCAAAAGCAGAGCCUAACGACUCUCGUUUGGGCGAUUUCCACAGCAAGGUGAUGUCGCAAUGGGGCAACUACAUUCAUAAAGUUUACGGCAUUGAGUAA